UGGCUGGAUGUGGAAAUGACAGUAACGAGAGACUCGCAAGCCGCCGAGUCGCACCAACGAGCUGCAAACUUGCCAAGAGCGAAACUGUCACAUAUCUCCAUCAAACCUCAAGUGGGAUCGGUUGGAUUAAAGUUGUUGUUUAUACGCGGACGUCCUGGGAUACGGCGUAAAGGUGACAUGGCUGCCUUGUUUACUGAGCUCCCCUCCUAGACAUCCUCAUUUAGCGACACACAGCUACACAACCCUGGGAUCCACACACAAGUCACACACACUUGUGGCUCUGAGUUGCGUCAGGGAUGACAACCUCCUACCUGAAUGGCCACGGAGGAGGAGAUGAAGAGCUGAGGUUAGGACAGCAGCACAGGGAAAUGGCGGUCGACUGUCCGGGAGAGCUGGGGAGCCGAACGCUGCCGGUCCGACGAUCUGCACAACUGGAGAGGAUACGACAACACCAGGAGGACCUUCGUCGGCGCAGAGAAGAGGAGGGUCGGCAGCUGGAUCUGAACGCCUCUCUCAGGCUCAAGAAGCUCUCCCAGAAUCCCCACACCGGCAUUGACAACCCCACGUUCCUCCAGGACACAAACGCACCACAGCAGCCGCCACUCAGCAACCAGCACCCUUUGCUAGAGUUGGAGGAGUUGCUACUGUCACUGAAGCAGGUCCAGGGCUCUUUGUCGGACCAACAGAGUCAGAAUGACAUACAACUGGUUCUUGCACUACUAAACAAGUCUGAUUUCCAGUCUGCACUUAAAAUACAUAAUGCGGUGGCGAGCAGCAUGCACCGACCCUCCCCUCCGUACCCCCACACACACCAGGCACUACAACUGGCACUGGAGGUCAGAAAUCUCAGCCAAACAAGUCAUAACAAAGAAGGACUGGAACUCUCCAGCCUGCUGUCGGACACACACAUCCAGUCUUUGCUUGUGGCACACGACAGCAUAGCAGAGAGAGAAAUGGAACCAGAACCACUGAGCAGCCAAACGGAGACCCUGAGACAGUGGGGCGGAGAGCCUGUAAAGAUUGUCCAAAUAGAGAAAGCCCGAGACAUACCACUGGGGGCAACGGUCCGUAACGAAAUGGAGAGCGUGAUUAUCAGUCGAAUUGUUCGAGGUGGAGCAGCCGAACGCAGUGGACUUUUAGCGGAAGGAGAUGAAAUACUGGAAAUUAACGGCGUUGAGAUCAGAGGGAAAGAUGUCAACCAAGUCUUUGACAUCCUCGCGGACAUGCACGGCCUUCUGACCUUUGUACUUAUUCCGAGCAGUCAGAGCAAACCCCCACUCGUCAAAGAGUCUGUGGUUCACGUAAAAGCCCAUUUUGAUUAUGACCCAUCCGAUGACCCUUACGUGCCAUGCAGAGAGCUGGGCCUGUCCUUCCAGAAAGGAGAUAUUCUUCACAUCAUUAGCCAGUCAGACCCUAAUUGGUGGCAGGCUUACAGGGAUGGAGACGAGGAUAACCAGCCUCUCGCUGGAUUGGUACCAGGUAAGAAUUUCCAGCAGCAGAGAGAAGCCAUGAAACAGACGAUAGAAGAAGACAAGGAACCUGAGAAGUCAGGAAAGCUGUGGUGUGCCAAAAAGAACAAAAAGAAGAGAAAGAAGUUGCUUUACAACAACAAAAACGAUGAUAUCGAUGAAGAGAUUCUGACCUAUGAGGAGAUGGCCCUGUACCACCAGCCGGCCAAUAGGAAGCGGCCGAUUGCGCUGAUUGGCCCAACCAGCUGUGGGCAGGCGGAGCUCAGGCAGAGGCUGCUGAAUAACCAACCAGAACGCUUUGCCGGAGCCGUGCCUUACACAACGCGGAGCCGGCGAGAUGGCGAACUGAUUGGUCGAGAUUAUCAUUUUGUUUCUCGUCAAACGUUUGAGGCAGAGAUGGCUGCCGGGAAGCUGAUUGAAUCCGGCGAGUUUGAGAAGAAUCUUUACGGGACCAACACCGACUCAGUGAGGCAGGUCAUAAACACUGGAAAAAUAUGCGUCCUCUGUCUUCACACUCAGGCCCUGAAGGUGCUGAGGAGUUCCGAUUUAAAACCUUACAUCAUCUUCAUAGCCCCGCCAUCCCAGGAAAGACUCCGAGCGCUGUUGGCUAAAGACAACAAGAACCCCAAGCCAGAGGAGCUACGAGACAUCAUUGAGAAAGCGCGGGAGAUGGAGCAGAGCUGGGGUCACCUGUUUGAUGCCAUCAUCGUCAACACGGACCAGGACAAAGCUUACGCCGAACUGCAAAGACUCAUCAACAAGCUGGACACAGAGCCUCAGUGGGUGCCCAGCUCCUGGCUGCGCUGACGCAUACACAGUGUUCGUAGUGGGUACACACCAUCCACGCCAAAAAAUCACAUACUUCUGUCAGUAGUACACUCGGGUAUGUAUGCUGCACACACUGGGGACUUGGUUCCUGAAUGUUGACUGUUUCAAAUUAAUUACUGUCAUUGCACACUUACCGAAUAUUUACCUUUUUUUUUUUUUUCCUUCACUACUUUCCACCGAUUUCCACUUUCAGACGCCUUUAUUUCAAGUUAGUCCCUCCUCUUCUGCUGCAUAGCCAAGACUAGCAACUCACUAUUUUAGCCUUUUUUUGUGUGCAACAUCCGCGUACUGACAUUAUACUGCAUUUUUGUCGUACAGUAUACAACAGGGGUCUCAAACUCAAUUUACCUGGGGGCCACUGGAGCUAGGGUCUGGGCAAGGCUGGGCCACAUCAGGUUUUCCACAAAAAAAAAAAAAACAAAUUUAUUAAAAACAGAAAAAUAUACAAACUUUUUCAGUGCUUUGGUUCCGAUUUUUUUACAAUAAAAGCUCUGAUAAAACAUUCCACUGUUCUCAAAUAUCUUAAUUUUUAUUUUUCUGCACAAAAUAAGAUGAGAAAUUAAUAAAUCAAGAAUAAAGAAAUCAAUCAAUCAGUAAUAAAUAAAUAUAAUAAUAAUAAUAAAACAGCAAAUAAUAAAAACUUAAGAAAGCACAUAUAGUUGGUGGGUAGACAAAUUAAUUUUUUCAGAUUAAAAUGAACAAAGCAUUAUUAGAGCCCUGUAGACAUGACAAAACACGACUAUAGUCACAUUUAUACUCUUUUUAUUUACAACAUCUGUUAUUUUUGAAAAGCGCCAUACAAAUACAUUUUAUUAUUAUUAUUAUUUAACACUAAUGAGGAUUAAGCGGCAUAAAAAAUGAAUAUAUUAAUGUCUACUAUAUUGCAUAAUACGUUUGUAAAGGUGUAAAAAUGCUAACAAAAAUGUAUCUAGAAGAUUCUAAACAGUUUUUCCAUGCUAAAACUACAAAAAAUAUAAUUAUAAAGGAAUCCUACUUCAUGGAAAUUCACUUAUCACGGUCUGGUCUGGAACCAAUUAACCGCGAUUAAACCCCGAUUGGAGCACAUGGUGUGUUCAAGAAACCGCCGAACAAAUCUCAAAAUAAAUUUCAAAAUAAAAUGAUCACUGAAGAAUAAAAACAAAAUCAUAUAAAACUUGACUUAAGUCCCGAGCGCUCAUAAUUAAUGAAGCUCAUUUUUAGGAAUAAAUAUGAACGUCAAUGCUGAGAUUUAUUAAUACGCAAACAACCACGAUGAGGUUCAUGGCUGGUGGGGCACUGACCCGCGGAGGUUUUUAAGAGAAUAAUUAACUUUUGUUAAAAAAAUAAUUCUUCAACUUGUUGUCAAAUAUUUUAGUCCGCUUUAUUUAUUUUCUAUUAACUGGAAAAAAUUAUGUUUUUAACUUUUUUUAUUUGUAUAUGAAGUACAUGCAGCCUUUUCUUGUCCAGGACACGUUCUCAUACUUUGUUGUAAAAGUCAGAUCGCUUCCUGGUGAGCUUGGUUGUAUAAUCCACCAUCUCCACAGUCAGAUUAAUUAAUUCAUUCAGGAUUUUUAUUUGACUUUUUGCUAGUUAGCGAGUGCUGCUGUUGUUAAAAAAAAAAAAAAAGGCUUUUCCUGUAUGGAAAAACAGCAGUGACAAGCACCUUCCAGCUCACACAAAGCGCCUCCUGUAUGACAUUUUAGUCACAUUUUAGUCACAUUUUAGUCACAUUUUAGUCACAUUUAUAUCAAACAUGGACUAUAGAAAGUAAUGGUGCAUAAUAAAUAUUUCAUGCUGACAAAAAAUAUGCUAGCAAGCGCCGUGAUCAAACUCAGCAGCGUCCUAUUCGGCACGUGUUGCUGAUGGAAUAAUAUAUUUUGAGUGUCUGUACAUGAGUGGACGACUGUGUGUGUCCGUGUAUUUACACACAAUGAAGUAUUACGACAUGAAGUACUAGUAUGAAGUGGUAUCACUGACUAGAGCAUUGAUUAUAUUUGUAAUAUUCAGAAUAGAUAUAUGAAGUCCAAUGGGACCGCAGGUUUCACCUGCCUCACCUCCGUACCAUUGGUCCAGGAGGAGGUGAGGGGGCGGGGCAAAGUGGAAUUAACUGUAUUGAAUGUAAAGUUAAUCAAUACCACUUAAUGUCAAUUUUGACCUUGCAUCUUUCUGGAAAAUUUGCCUUUUUUUUGUUGUUGUUUUUCACAAUAAAUUGAAGAAAGAA